CACUUGGCAAAGCUCAUGCCUACCCAGUGGAGAACAAUUGCUCCUAUGGUUGGCAGAACUGCCGCUCAAUGUCUUGAACGUUAUGAAUACCUUCUUGAUCAGGUUCAAAGAAAAGAAGAUGGUGAGGAACCUGGAGAUGACCCACGUAAACUUCGUCCUGGAAAAAUUGACCCAAAUCCUGAGACUAAGCCAGCUCACCCAGAUCCCAAAGACAUGGAUGAAGAUGAAUUAGAGAUGCUUUCAGAAGCCAGAGCUAGGUUAGCCAACACUCAGGGUAAAAAAGCUAAGAGAAAAGCUAGAGAGAAGCAAUUGGAAGAAGCCCGAUGACUCGCUGCUUUACAAAAGAGACGUGAGUUGCGAGCUGCCGGCAUGGGCGUUCGUCGUGGAGCUCUCUAUCACAACCGCCGUAAGCGCGGGGUUGAUUACAAUGCCGAAAUUCCAUUCGAAAAGCAGCCAGCUAUUGGAUUUCACAACACAGCAGAAGAACAGUUUGAUCCUUUCGCACCGAAUUUCCAUAGACUCCGUCAUCAACAACUGGAGGGUGAGCUACGCUCAGUCAAGGAAGAUAGAGAACGUAAGAAGGACAAGGACCGACUCAAGCAGCGGAAAGAGAAUGAAGUGCCAUCGGCUUUGCUACAAGGAGACCAACCGGCUGCGAAACGUUCAAAGCUUGUUCUCCCAGGGCCACAGAUUUUUGAGAGAUCUGAUCAAGUAGUUAAAUUGGGCAGAGCUUCAGAAGCAGCCCAAGAUGCAGCUCGUGAGACAGGCCAAAGAGUCUCUGACACACUUUUGGCCGAUUAUUCCCUAACGCAGAGUGGGGGAUUACGAACACCACGAACUCCAGCUCCCGCAAUGGACAAGAUUUUGCAAGAAGCCCAAAAUCUGAUGGCUCUUACUCAUGUCGAAACUCCAUUGAUGGGUGGAGCUAACGCACCGUUGGUCAAUCCUGAUUUUAGUGGAGCUACUCCAAGCAAAGAGGGAGUCGCAACGCCAAAUACACUGCUUUCGACACCAUUCCGCACUCCAGGUCCUGCCAUCGCAGGUUCUGCCACCCCUGGCAUGUUGAGCAUCACUUCAGGAGCUACACCACGUACUGGAACUUUACCUGGUGCUACUCCAUUAGUACGAGAUAAACUAAAUAUCAAUCCAGAGGAGCCUACGGAAGUGAUGCAACGAACACUCAAGGAGCAGCUCAAAAGAGGCUUGAGCACACUUCCAGUUCCCAAGAACGAUUAUGAAAUUGUAGUACCAGAGGAAGAAAUGGAUACGGAGUCUGGAACACCCGGUUAAGGGGAAUUGGCCGGAACUUACAUCUCUUUUGAGGAUCAGGCUGAUAUUGACGCUCGUAUUGAAGCUGAGCGCAAAAAGCAAAGGGAGGCUGAACUGAAAAGACGGUCCCAAGCGUUGCAACGAAGCCUACCGCGCCCUCACGAAGUUAACAAUGCAAUUUUAAGACCGGCAGAGGAACUUAUUAAAAAAGAAAUGCUUACGAUGAUGCAUUACGAUUCAAUUCGCAAUCCAGUCAAUCUCUCAACAGAAAAAGGUGGUGGUCUUUCAAAGAAGAUUAUCGAGACUAGCCAAAAUUUUUUAAGCAAUAAUUCCUACCAAGAAUUUGAGGACAAGGAUAUUGAUCAGGCCAAGGAGUUAUUGAAAGUAGAAAUGGAGAAGGUAAAGGCUGGUAUGGGCCAUGGAGAUUUGACAAUGGAAGCGUACACUCAAGUUGGGGACGAGUGUUUAUCACAAGUGUUAUUUGUCCCGUCUCAAAACCGAUACACCAGGUAA